AUGCCUAAGUCCCCUGUUGAAAGAUAUUCUUUAAUUGAACUUCCACCAUCUUCUAAUCAGAAUCAUCUUCAAAUUCCAUCGAAAGAUGUUUUAAUGACAAAACAUUAUGAUUCACAUCCAUCUGAACGUGAUACAUCUCCUCGUAGUCGAUUUCCUCAACCUCAACCUGGUAAUAAUACAACACCAAUCAAAUCCAGAGGACCAAGAAGUAUUCCUUCAUUUGAAAGUGUUGAAGUAUCAUCUCUAGAAAAUAUCAAUGAUUUACAACAAGAUGGACCUAAUUCUGUUAGUCGUGGUCUUCAAACAGAUAUUAAUAGUGCAUCUGUCAUCGACUGGGUGAUAGCACAAAAGAGUUCAUCGACCGGCGAUAGUGCUUAUCGAAAUGAUCCACCUGAAGAGCUUGGUCCAGACAAAGAUCGUGUACGUGUUGUUGUUCGUGUUCGACCGAUGAAUAAUCGUGAAUUAGAAAGAAACGAACGAUCAAUCUUACAUGGCGAAGGUGAAAAUUCUGUUACGGUUCAAGGUGCACAGCAUAAUCGACGAUUUACAUUUGAUACUAUUUUUGCAAUAGAAUCAACUCAAGAAGAAGUAUUUCAUUAUAGUGGAAUUAAACGUCUAGUUGAUAUGUCUAUCGAUGGGUAUAUUGCAACUUGUUUUGCAUAUGGUCAAACAGGCAGUGGAAAAACACAUACAAUGAUUGGUCCAGGAGGCGCUAAUAUUUUUCGUAUGGAUGAAAAUGUUCGUAUAAAAUGUUUUGGUUUAGUUCCACGAGCAAUCAAUUAUUUAUUUCAACGAUUAAGAGAAAAAUCUCAAGAAACAACUACUCCGUAUUAUAUUCGUGUAUCCUACUGUGAAAUAUAUAAUGAACAAAUUCAUGAUUUAAUUAAUCCAGCACAUAGUCAAAGUUUACAAAUUCGUGGAUCAGUUGAAGAUGGAUUUUAUGUUGAAAAUCUUUUUCAAACUUAUAUUGAAACAAUGGAUGAAUUAUUAACAAUACUUGAAGAAGGUGAAUUAAAUCGAGCUAUGGCUUCACAUAAUCUUAAUGAUACAUCAAGUCGUAGUCAUGCAAUGCUUUCAAUUCAAAUUGAACAAGAUAUAUCAGGAGAAGGUACUACUUCAACAGAACAAAUGACGCGACAAGGAAAAUUAAUUUUUGUUGAUUUAGCUGGAAGUGAAAAAGUUAAAGUAAGUCUUUCAAAAGGUAAACAAUUAACUGAAACCAAUAAUAUCAAUAAAAGCUUACUUACACUUGGUACAUGUAUUUCGGCAUUAAGUGAUCCUGUUAAACGUGCUGGUCAUAUACCUUAUCGAGAUUCUAAAUUAACACGUUUAUUAGCAGAAAGUUUAGGUGGACAUGGAAUAACUUUAAUGAUUGCAUGUGUAUCUCCAGCUAGUUCAUGUGAAAAUGAAAGUUUAAGUACAUUACGUUAUGCUAAUCGAGCAAAAAAUAUUGAAAAUGCUCCAAUAGUAAAAACUGAUUCAAAAGAAAAUGUUAUCAAUCGUUUAAAACGUGAAGUACGAAAAUUAAAAGAUGAAAAUUAUGAAUUACGACAAAAAUUAGGAAAAGAACCAAGUAUUUUACCUAAACUUAAAAAUCGUAAUUCAGAUUCAGGUUCUCAAACCUCGAUGCAUUCAUCAGCUAGUAGUGAUGUCUAUGAUACGCGUCAAGAUUCUCAAGGUCGAUUAAGUGGUACAACAACAAGAAAAAUUCGAACUGAUCAUGAAAUUUUAACACGAGAAAAUGAAAAACUCGUUAGAAAACUUGAUCAAGUUAUGAGAGAACAACAAGUACAACCCGGUAGUAAACAAAUUGUUAAUCAAGACAAAGAUUAUACGGAACAAGAUAUAAAUCCAUCAAAUACUCAACGUCUUGUUAAAAGUUAUAGUGAAUCUGAUGACAUGUCAGAACUUGUACGUCGUCCAUCGUAUGCAUCAAGAUAUCGAACUGUUCGUGAUAGAUAUCAAAAUGGAACUUCACCUCAACGACGUACAACAACUAUGCCACGACGUGGACAAGAUCCAACUGUAGUCGAAGUUCGGCGAUAA